AUGUCGUCAGCGUCUGAUAGUCAGAAUCAAUCAAUGAGCUUUGGGGACGUCUCGUUGGUAAGCUCAUUUUCCUCCUCGUCUGUUUCAACAUCGCCUCCCCCAAGCCCUCGACAGACCUCAAAAACCACUAUCCCAAUCAAACUUCUGCUUAGUGGAGCAUUCUCCACUUCCCAGCGACCGUCUUGGUCGAAGCCUACCAAAGCCAUCAUAACCCUUCCUUCUAAGACCACCCAACAGCCUAAAACCACCCCUAAACCAAAACCUAAAACUCCUUCAAAACCAAGGCAGCGUCCUUCGUCAUCCACGGCUGCCAAGAAGCCAUAUACCAAGCCCGCCCCACCACUAUUCAUUCCAAACAUCACUCAGGUGGGUGCGACGCAUGACCCCAUCCCAGUCUACCUCCAUAAUGCCCCAUCGCCAGCAGUGCGUCCACCUCCUCCAUUGUCAAUCCAACCUUUGGCCACCAUCUACUCAAUUGAAGUAGAUGCGUCCAGCCAACCGUCGCGUUCACCCAUCAUCAUUUCAUCCUCUGGGUCACCGCAUACCCCAUCAGGCACCCCACCAAUUACUCCACCUCGGCCCAGCUCUGACAGUCCUGCGUCAGAGCAUAACCUCGAAGAAUUAGCGAAAUUGGCUCGACGGGACGAGCAAGAAGUGUUUGGAGCUAUCUUGGCAAGUCUGAAUCAAGGCCAAAAAGAAGAGCAAGUGAUGCGUUCCGACCCACCUAACGCAUCACUUGAAUUGGACGAAGUAGAGCGUUACGCAAUGAUGCUCAAAGCAGAGUUAUAA